AUGGCACGAAAGAAGGAAACAGCCGUCGACUUGUGCGACAAGGCUGUGGUGCUGGGCAACAGCAUUGCCAUCCGGAUGCUCGAGUACCUCAGCACGGUAAAGCACCAGGUACAGGGGAUCCGAGAGCUGGCGAUGGUAUUUCUCGAUGUUGGUCGGAUUCUCUGGGUGAUCGAGUCGGGGAUGAAGGCGUCCAAGGCGGACAACAAGCACAUGCUCCCGGCCGACUUGACCACAGAGCUGGAGAAGCGGUUCCGGCAGACGAAUGACGAGUUUAUCGUGCUGAACCAGCUGGUGACGCGGUUCCUGGAGAAUGACAAGAAGUCUGGGUUCGCACGCUUCUCCAAGGGGUUCAAGAUGAUGUUCGCCGACUCGGACGUCAACAAGGUGCGCGCCAGCCUCGAGAGGAGCCGCGAGAGCCUGCGCAUGAGCUCGCUGGUCUUCAAGUGGUCCAUUGGCGAGGAGGAUGUGGACGCCACCAUCGGCAUCGGCUACACAGGCCUCGCUGCUGCCCUGGACCGCAUGAACGGCAUCGGCAACAAGCCUAGGACGGUUGCUCCUUCCUCGCGGGGCGCUGCCGACGAUGAGCAGCAACCCCCCCGCCAGACGACCCCUCAGGCGCCCCUUCCUGAGCUCCCUCGCCCCUCUGGCGAGCGCACGCUCGUCCAAGGGGCCCAGCCAGUCUAUGGCCAUGGAGGUGACAGCGUCCGAGAUGUCCAGCCCCCUCAGCGCAAGCCACAGCACGACACCCUGCUCGAGGACCUGCUCAGCGAGACGGACCUCAAUGACCACCAGCAGCAGCAACAUGACGACAUCCUGGGCGACGUGGGCCACGUGACGCGGCUCAAGGCAGACCCCAGCACCGUUCCCAGGUGGACACCACGGUUCACGACGGGCAACGGCAACCCGCAGUACAAGGCAGCCCUGGUGCAGGCCGUGCAGAAGAAGAGCCACACCGCGAUAGAGCAGCUCCUGGACCGAGGCGUGCAGCCAGACUCGGUGGCAGAGAUCAACCUGCUGCGCGAGGCCGUCCUGCUCCGGGAUCUCGAGACGGUGCGCCUCCUCCUCCUGUUUGGGGCCGAUGCCAACGCCAUCGACAAGGUUGGCUGCUCUCCCCUGUUCUCGGCCACCGAGCUCGGCUUCCUGGACGCCGCCAAGCUGCUCAUCAAGUACGGUGCCGACCCGAACAUGUCUGCUGGCCCCAACGCCGACACCCCGCUCGCCCUGGCCGUGCUCGAGAACAAGUUCGAUCUGGUCCAGCUGUUCCUCAUGUACGGAGGAAACUCGAACCAGAUCAUGGCCAACGGGAACACGACGCUGAUCCGGUCCAUCGACCGCAACACGCCCAAGCGGGUCAUCGAGCUGAUCCUCAACUACGGCGGCGACCCAAACAUCAAGAACGGCGAGGGUACUUCGCCCUUGUUCCAGUGCGUCAACGUCCAGCGUCUCGACAUUGCCCAUCUGCUCCUCGACCGUGGUGCAGACCCCAACCUGCCCGGCCCCAAGCACCUCCUGUGGCCCUCGACCUACUAUCCUCCCUUCCUCCGUCUCCUUCUGUCCCGGGGCGCCGACCACAAGAACGCCCCAGGCAUCAUGGAGCUGGCUACCUCGGUCAACAACAUCGAGUCGGUCCGCAUCCUCCUCAACGCAGGCGUGGACCCCAACGCCAAGAAAGACGGUGUCUACACGCCCCUGUGCUCCGCCAUCCGCGACAACCGCGCCGACAUUGUCACCCUCCUCCUGGCCAACGGUGCCGAUCCCAACACGCCCGCCUCCGAGUACCCUUGCUUCAAGUGUGUGUCUCAUCACCGCGCCCACUUCCUCCCGCAGCUGAUCGAGGCGGGCGCCGACCCCACGGAGCCCAAGGGCAUCGUCGAGAAGGCCGUCCAGCACAACAACCUGGACGCCUUGAUCUUCCUGCUGGAUCACGGUGUGGGCGUCAACGUCAAGUCCAGGGAGGGCUGGACACCCCUGACCACUGCCAUCCGCGACAACCGUCCCGAGAUGGUCGACCUCCUCCUCGCGCGCGGUGCCGACCCUGCCAUCCGCGGCCAGGACUGGCCCAUCAACCUGGCCGUCAAGAGGCCCAACAUCCUCAAGAAGCUGCUCCCGUCCAUCGCCAACCCCAAGAACUUCAAGGGCGUCGUCGAGAUGGCCGUGUGUGCCGACCAGCUCGAGAGCAUCCGCCUGCUCCUCUCGGCCGGUUUCAACGUCGAGGACAAGAACGGAGGCGUCUUCUCCCCCUUGACGAGUGCCAUUCGCGAGGGCAACAAGGAGAUCACGCGUUACCUGAUCGACGAGGCCGGCGCCGACGUCAACGCCCCCGGCGAGCACCUCCCCAUCAUCAAGGCCAUCCGGCGCAUGCGCAACAACGACACAGAGCUCCUGGAGCUGCUUCUCGAGCGGGGUGCCGACAUCAACCUGAUGUACCGCGGCUGGAACGCCGUCCUGCAGGCCGUCGAGAACGGCGACGCCAACGUGCUGCGCCUGCUGGUCGAGAAGGGCAACGGCGUCGACCUGGAGAAGACGGACGAGAACGGGCAGACGGUCCUGGAUGUGGUCAAUGGGCAUGGAUGGGACGAGGCAGUACAGAUCAUCAACAAGAGCGGCCGGCGGUAG